AUGGUAGGAAUCAGCGUGGGGAAUAAAAGGUUUGAUUUUGACGGCGAUGAGAGAGUGACGGUUAAAGAAGGAAAGCUUAUCAUCGACUCCGGAACUACGGUGACGAUGCUGGCUUUGCCUGUGUAUGAGAAGGUGAUGAAGGCGGUGAAGAGCGUGAUCAAAUUAAAGCAGAUUCCGGAUCCGAGUGGGAUUUUGGAUUUGUGUUACUCUUCGCGAAGCCGAGAGAGGGAUUUUCCGGUGAUCACGAUUCAUUUGACGGGGGCGGAUGUGAAAUGGGGAUUUGAGAAUGCUUUUGUGAUGACGAGUGAUGAAUCAGUGUGCUUUGCUGCUCAAGCCAUGGAUUAUGAUGGAUUUUCUAUUUUGGGUAACUUGGCGCAGGCCAACUUUUUGGUGGGGUUUGAUCUUCUUACGAGAACGGUGUCAUUUAAACCUGCUGAAUGUGGAGGGACCUGA